AAAACAUGCCGCCACUAAAACUCCACAUUUAGCUUCUAGUUUGACCUAAAAUCUCCAACUUUUGGGACUUUAUCUCUUAAAUCAGAUGAAGCGGGAGGAAAUCAAAGAUGCCGUGUUUUGACUUCCUGGAUAAGGUGGAGCUUUUUCUGCGGAUGGGAACGUUUCCUGUUGACGCUUCAAAGAGCUCGAAGAAAGUGACGAGAGCGGCCAGCAAACGCUUCCUAUAUAAAGAUGGCAGACUGUGGCGAACUUACCGAGGUCGCCUCCUGCGGGUCGUCAGGAGCGACGAGGAGGUGCGGGAGAUCCUGACCCGUUACCACGACAACAACAACCACGCCGGCCGUGUCCGAGCAGUGAAGGAGAUAAUGAUGAUGUAUUACUGGGUCGGAGUGACGGAGGCGGUGAAGUCCUGGAUCAAAGCUUGUGCCAUUUGUCAGAGCAGGAGUCCAGCCGAGCCCCCCGAUCCGCCCGUCCAGUUCUGCCUCGCCUACGGCUGCGACUCGUCCAGCUACGUUUACCCCGAUCUCAGCUUCCACAGGUUUCCGAAGGAGGUGGAGCGUCGGCGCAGGUGGCUGGCGGUGGCUCAGAGGGACGAAGGCUCGCUGCGUAUGAACUCCUGCCUCUGCUCCCGACACUUCGAGCCGUCCUGCUUCACGCUGACGGAGGAGGGUCAGCUGGCUCUGAUGUCGGACGCCGUGCCCAACAUCAUCCCUGUGGCGGUGCAGGAAGAGGUACCGGCUCCUUCAGACGAGGACUUCCUCCACUCCAACACUCUUGAAGACCUCCUCUCCUCAGCGGCUGCAGCAGCAGCGGCAGAAACCACAGACCCAUCUGAGCCGGGCUUCGAUCAGUCUGAGACUCCCGUCGAGCUGCAGGAACACCAGUACUGCCUCCCGGCUGCAGAUCCAGACGCCAGGACGGUUCAGAUAGUGAAAGACGACAAGAGGAGGAAGACCGUCAUCGAGCCGAGCUUCUCCGCUUACAACCAGAUCGCCAGGUAUCUGAGUCACAGGAUCUUACCGAUGCAAAGCAAGAAAAGCAGAGGUGCUCUGAAGAGGAUGGCCAAGCGCUUCGGUCUGAUAGAUGGAGUGCUGAUGUACACGCGGGUCUGUCCUCAUCUGAGAGUGCCUCGCAGCAGAGAGGAGGUUUGA